AGAAGAAGAAGAAGAAGAAGAAGAAGAAGAAGAAGAAGAAGAGGAGGAAGAAUCUCGCGCAUGCGCUGUUGUCAAACCGGAAGUAAACAAGCAACUGGGCGCCUACACGUGUAUCAGCGGGACCGAGAGAAUCCAAAACCAGAGUCCGGGUGAGUCCGAGUGAGUCCGGCUACAAACAACAAAUUGAUCUGUGACUCAUCAUUUCGCCUCCUCCCAUCAUCCUCUCUCCAUCCAUCAUGAAGUCAUCCCUCCAGGGGAAGAAGAGGUCAUCACAGAGUCUGGAGGAACUUCCUGUUCCUUUCGACAUCAGCACACCUGAGAGAAGAGUGAGGAAGAAGAAGAUGAAAGGUAACAGACAAAAGGAGGAAGACGAGGUUGGUCUUAGUCCUACAGCUGAUGGAGAGAUGGACAGGGACAUUGAAAUAAAGAAGAAGAAGAAGAAGACAAAGGUGGAGGAAGAGGAGGUUGGUCUUCCUCCUGCUGAUGAAGAGAUGAACAGCGAGAUGGAGAUAAAAAAGAAGAAGAAGAAAAGGACAAGAGUGGAGGAAGAGGAGGUUGGUCUUCCUCCUGCUGAUGAAGAGAUGAACAGCGAGAUGGAGAUAAAAAAGAAGAAGAAGAAAAGGACAAGAGUGGCGGAAGAGGAGGUUGGUCUUAGUCCUCAAGCUGAUGGAGAGAUGGACAGUGAGAUGGAGAUAAAAAAGAAGAAGAAGAAGAAGAAAAGGACAAGAGUGGAGGAAGAGGAGGUUGGUCUUCCUCCUGCUGAUGGAAAGAUAAACAGUGAGAGCGAUAUGAAGAAGAGAAAGGAGACAACGGAGGAUGAGGAGAUCUCUGUUGAAAACUGUGAAACACAAAAUAAGAAAGAAAAGAGACACAAAAACAGACCAAGGGAGGCCAUCGUCGUCAUGACGACCACCCACAGCAACACAGAAACCAUGGAAACAAACUCCGCUGUCAGGGAAGAGAAGAAGAGCUUGACAAAAAGAGCUGGAGAUGAAGAUCUGUUGGACGCUGCGUUGGUGGAGGAGCUGCAGGAGUUUGUUCCAGAUGUCAAAAAUAAAUCAGUCCAUCAGAUAAAGAAGCUUCUGAGAUACGACCUGGAACGCUUCAGGAUCUUCAAACGACAAGGUGUGACGCUGCGCCGGGGGCGCUGCUCUCAGGAGGAGAACCAGGGAAUCAGAACCAAUGUGUCCGACUUCCUGGCUCUGACGGGCAUCGACUCAGCCACACAGCUGCUGUUUCCUCAGAGGUGUAAAGAGGAGGAAGUGCAGAUCAGGAGGCUGAGGGCACGACAUCACUUCCUGGAGAAGAUCGCUGAGGGGAUCCCUCGGACAUGUCAACAAGUUUGCACCAGAGCCAAGAAGAUCUUUGAUGACAGGAAUCACAUGGGAAGGUUCACGGAGCAGGAAGUGAGGUCUCUGAUCAAGUUACAGACCCUUCAUGGUAAUGACUGGAAGACGAUUGCUGGGAAGAUGGACCGCAGCGUGUUCGCUCUAGAGAAACGCUUCGCCACCAUCGCUGCAGGUCAUGGGUUGUGGAGUGAAGAUGAAGAGUCGAGGUUGAAGUCUGCUCUGAAGGCUCACUUGGAGGUCAUGGUCCAGCAGAGUCCUGGUGCUGGUCUGAGCAGAGACCAGCUGUUCAACAACCUGCCGUGGAAGGACAUCAGUCAGCAGGUUGAAACCAGGUCCUGGACCCAGUGUCGCCUCAAGUGGUUCAGCAUGUUGAAGUUCAAACUGUCUCCAGGCGGCAGAAUCUUCAACAGAGGAGCUACAGGCUUUCAGGCUAAAAUCCAUCUCAUUAACACAUUGUACAACAUGCGUGUUGAAGACUCCGCAGACAUUGACUGGGACGAGGUGGCGCAGAAUGUUGGUGACGUGACGACUGUGUGUGUACAGAAGACUUUUCACAGACUGAAAGUCUCCAGAGUUCCCAACUGGACCAGUUUACCAUAUGGAGACAUCAUUGACUUCCUGUAUCAGAGGGAACUCCCCGACCUGAAGGAGAAACUAAAGAAGUGCAUAAGAGAAGAGGAGGAGCAGGAUCAGGAGGAGAAAAGGUACCGGCUGUGUGACAUCAUCGCCUCUCAGGACGACGACUAUGAGGAGGUGAACAACAGUGAGGGGAAUUCGAGACGGAUGUGAAGUCAGAAGCCGGCGACAUACGAAACAGGCCCCGCCCACUAGGCAGGACUUCCUGUCAGACUGAAAAAUUAUAGCUGUGUCUAAAUUCAGGGGCCAUCUCCUUUGGCGUGGGGGUGCAGGUCUACGCCAAGGCUGAACUGAAAAGAGACGGCCUGAUCGACGGAGGAUUAAUGAACAUCGUUACAAGUUUCCGCCUUUAUUGCUAUUGCCUAGCAACAGAGCUGCAGGUUGGACAAGGUUAACGUUUUAAUGGCUCUUGGUUUUUUAACAUUUGUACUGUUUGCUGCUGGCACAUAUGCAGGGAUCUUUAAAUAGAGGGUCUGAAGGAGGCGGAGCCUGAACUGAGUCACAACAGUUGAACCAGUUUUUUUUCUUUUGAAUAUAUUUUUUAUUGAGCACUCAUAUCACAGGAGUUGUACAUGAUACAACAUUCACAAAAGAGCUUUAGACCAAUGCUCACAUCAUUUUGUAUAAAGUACCCAUUUACCUAUAAAGUACAAUUCUUCUACGUGCCAGCAGUGUUGUAAAAGCAAUGAUGUUUUUAUAUCUUUUACUUAUUGUACAGUAUCUUCUAUCAGUAGUACCAAAUAUGGCCAUUACUGCACUGGGCUGUAGAUCAAUAUCAAGAGCCUCUGACAGUGUUUUAAAGAUUGCAAACCAAUAGGAUGUUAACAGUUGAACCAGUUUUACUUAGAAUUCUUUCAACCUAAGAAACUGAAUAGCUUUUAUUUUGAAGUUCCUGCCUGAUGUAACCAGAUGUUUGAUGUUUUAACUUUGUAAAGUAUAAUUUGUGUCAAAUGUUUGACCACAUAAGAAGAAUAAAACACACUCAAA